AAGAUUGCAUAGAAUGAACAAAAGAGCCUGGACAGAAUUUUCUAAAGAAGUCCCACCCCGGGCUGUCCUGCCAUCAAGGAUGAUGAUGAUGAUUAAAACUUAUGAUGAGGAAAAUGAAGUGGAGGAGAACGAUGUCGAUGUAGACAUCGAAAGUGAUGAGGAUAUGAUUGAGUUAGAGGCAGAGGUUAUGUCUGAGGAAGAGGAAGAUGAGUUUGAUGAAAGAGAGAAAAUGAUAUUGGAGUUUAAAAAUGAGAUGGAUUAUAAAUUUGUUGGAGAUAAUGAUAUGAAUGACGCAGAUGUGGUGGAUGAAAUUAAAAGUGAUGAGAAGGUGUACUCCAGAUAUUUCACUGAGGAAAUGAUUGCAAAACUGUACAGCAUGGAUAAAGUUCAUGAUAAGGAUUCCAUCGAGUAUGGAAUUCCGGAUAACAGAUAUUGGACAUACGACUCUUGUGAGUCUUACUUAAGAGAUGGAAGUGAUGAGGAGGAUCGCAUGGAAGACAACGAAAGCGAUGAAAAAGAUGGAAACAAAAUGAAAAAGAAAGGCUGUUUCGCUUUCCUGUCAAGAGUGUUUAACAGGUUGUUCAAAAAAAAUUUAAUUUUGAGCAUACCAUCUUCAAACAUCUAAAAAAAAGUUUUCAUCAUAUUUCUAUCGUAAUUUGAAAAAUUAAUAGAGUGCUUGCUGUAAAAUAAAAAUUUAAGAAAAAAAAAGCACUAAAGAUAAUAUGGUUGUAAAAGUCUUACAUCUGCCAAUCUUUGCAACUUAAUUGAAUAUAUUCUGCUGAAAAUAUAAGAACUGUAAUUUGAGCAUCACAGAAACAUAACAGAACAUCACAGGAGUUAACAUUGAUGUGAAAGUUCUAUAUCUGUUCAAAUGUAUAACCUCAUUUAAUAAAUUCUUAAGGAUCUUUCAAGAACUUAAUUUGGAUAUCACAGCAAAAUAAUUGGCCAUCAAAGAAGAUAACAACGUCGUGAAAAUUUUAUAUCUGCCGAAAUUUGUACUUUAAUUAAAGAUAUUGUUGCAGAACUUUAAGAACAGUAAUUUGAACAUUGCAGGACGAAAACAAAAUUUGACGUCAUAAAAGAAUAAUUGCUGUGAAAGUCUUACAAUUUUUCGAAAUGUGCAAUUCAAUUUAAUACAUUGUUAUGAUACAAUUUGUUUUAGAUAUGUAAAAUGAAUAUCACUGAAAAUAAAAAAAAUAAAAAAA